GCGGAGGGAGAGGAGAUGCCGGGGAAGGGGCGGAGGCGGAGGGAGAAGAACUACAGGGCGGCGCACGGCGGCGAACCGCGGUUGCCCCCACCACCGAAGCAGCGGGAGCUCGACGCGCUCCCGUCCAAGCUCCGCCGCCUCAUCGCCAUCCAGGAGAAGCACAAGGGCGGCGAGAAGGGCGCCGUUGCCGGAGACUCCUCAGGGAAACAAGGAGAGAGCGAUGCGGCGAAGAACAAGGCUCUCGCAAAGAUAAGUUGGUACCUUGUCAUAUUCUGUAUGUUCCAUGUAGAAGAAAACUAAGAAGCAGAACUUGGAGCCUACUGCUGAUAGCAAAGCCGCAGAGAUUAGUGGUAAGGAUGGACCGAUAUGAUUGGCGAUGAGAACGCGAGUGUAGAUGAAAGCAAAAGGAAGCGGAAGAGGGGGGAAGCUAUGGAUCUUCGUUUCGGACUUCAUCGACGCCGGAGCCCUCUCCUCCCUCCUCCAAGGCGGCAGCGGCGCCGGGCGCCGGCUUCACGUCGCGGGCGUCGCGCUGGCAGCCCCGCGCGGCGUGGCGUUUAUCUACGGCGCGGGCGCCGGCGCUAGCUCGUCAGAGAUGCUCGCGCGGAGGAGGAACCGAGGAAGAGAAGAGGGGGGAUGACGUGUCAGCCUGACAUGUGGGGCCCACGUGGGUCCCACGCUGACUCGGCCGCCACGUAGGAUAAAACCGGGGUGGGUCAAAACUACCGAAGGACGCCGUUGACCGGUUUUAAUUUGUUAAGGGACGCCGGAUAUCUGGUUUUAUGGUUGUGAGACGAUUUUGUAACUCGAUGACAAGUCGAGGGACCUUCGGUGUACUUUUUCCCAGUAUGUAAUGACAGACCAUUGCUUUUUUUAAAAAAAAAAAAAAAGAAAAAUACUCCCUCCAUCUCAUUCAAUAAAAUGAGGUCAAAUCUAGCACGGUAUUUAAAACCCGGAGGGAGUAUUAAAAA